GUAGUGAUAGAGGAGAGACGGGGGCACAAACAGGCAGAAGUUCAGAGGGGAAGCCCAAGGCUGGGCUUGGCCCAGUGAUCCUGAGGCCUCCCUUAGGCAGGACGGUAGACGCUGCCCUGGGACUGGCCAGGACCAGGCCAAUAGCUCCCACAACUUCCAACAUGGCUGCAGCUGUGCCAGCGUCAGUGGCUGCCUCCAGGAAGGAGUCUCCAGGCAGGUGGGGCCUGGGGGAGGAGCCGACAGGCACAGGACCCUCGCUCCAGUGUCGCGUGUGUGGUGACAGCAGCAGUGGGAAGCACUACGGCAUCUAUGCCUGUAAUGGCUGCAGCGGCUUCUUCAAGAGGAGCGUGAGGCGGCGGCUCAUCUACAGGUGCCAGAUGGGGGCAGGGAUGUGCCCCGUGGAUAAGGCCCACCGCAACCAGUGCCAGGCCUGCCGGCUGAAGAAGUGCUUACAGGCGGGCAUGAACCAGGAUGCUGUGCAGAAUGAGCGCCAGCCAAGAAGCACCGCCCAGGUUCGCCUGGACAGCAGGGAGUCAGACCCAGAGCACCAGCUGGAGCCCCUGGCAGCUCCCUCGACCCCGGCAGGGCCCAGCCCCCGAGGCCCCAUGCCUGUGUCUGCAGCCAGAGCCUUGGGACCCCAGGCCCUCACACCUCCAGGGCACCACCACUUCAUGGCCAGCCUGAUAACCGCUGAAACUUGUGCUAAGCUGGAGCCAGAGGAUGUGGAUGAGAACAUCGAUGUCACCAGCAAUGACCCCGAAUUCCCCUUGUCCCCAUACUCUUCUUCCUCCUCCCCCUGUGGCCUGGACAGCAUCCAUGAGACAUCGGCUCGUCUGCUCUUCAUGGCUGUCAAGUGGGCCAAGAACCUGCCUGUGUUCUCCAGCCUGCCCUUCCGGGAUCAGGUGAUCCUGCUGGAAGAGGCAUGGAGUGAACUCUUCCUCCUUGGAGCCAUACAGUGGUCUCUGCCUCUGGACAGCUGCCCACUGCUGGUUCCGCCUGAGGCCUCUGCGGCUGGCAGCUCCCAGGGUCGGCUGGCGCUGGCCAGUGCAGAGACUCGUGUCCUGCAGGAAACUAUCUCACGGUUCCGGGCUCUGGCAGUGGACCCCACGGAGUUCGCCUGCAUGAAGGCCCUGGUCCUCUUCAAACCAGAAACACGGGGCCUCAAGGAUCCUGAGCACGUGGAGGCCUUGCAGGACCAGUCCCAAGUGAUGCUGAGCCAGCACAGCAAGGCCCACCACCCCAGCCAGCCUGUGAGGUUUGGGAAAUUGCUCCUGCUUCUCCCAUCUUUGAGGUUUCUCACUUCUGAACGUGUUGAGCUCCUCUUUUUUCGCAAGACCAUAGGGAAUACCCCAAUGGAGAAGCUCCUUUGUGAUAUGUUCAAAAACUAGUGGAGGUGGAAGUAACACUUUGGAAAACCAACUGAAGCUAAACACUUGCCUACACUUUAACUCAGCAACUGCUCUCACAGGUGUGUGUCCCUAGCAGCAAUGUCCACCAAAAGAUAGUACAAGUGUGUUCAUAGCAGCUUUUUUUCAUAAUAGCCCCAAACUGUACAUUGAGAGUAGAAUGGAUUAAUAAAUAAAUCAUGGUGUAUUCAUGCAAUGGAAAACAUCAAUA